UUUGGAUGAGGGACGAAACGUCUUCCAGUAUCUUCAACCAAGUCCAGUUGCCCUUGAAUUUUAACCUUCGUUGGACCCUUGGUGCUUUGGUGGGAGCUGCACGGUGGAAACAGAUGCAUCCUCCACCACCAGUCUGUCCAAUGAGGAGAGGAGGGGGCGUUCCCGUCGGCUCCAUUCUUCAUUUGUGUGCAAACCACAACAAGCUACGACGGUGCAACGGAUGGCAAACAAGUCCGAAUAAAACACAAGACACAGACAGCUGCAGAUAUGGGCAAGUCCCAGUCACACUUGGCUAAGCACAAAAACGAGAGCGAGGACGCUCUGACGACUGCUGGCGAGUAUGGAGACAGUAAGACAGAGGAGGAUGGCAAGAACGGAGACGUAUCUCAGUUCCCCUACGUGGAGUUCACUGGACGGGACAGUGUCACAUGCCCCACAUGCCAGGGCACUGGCAGAAUCCCACGAGGUCAAGAGAAUCAGCUUGUGGCUCUGAUUCCAUACAGUGACCAAAGGCUCAGGCCAAGCAGGACAAAGCUGUAUGUCACAAUAUCAGUGGCACUUUGCCUGCUGCUGUCAGGCCUGGCAGUUUUCUUUCUAUUCCCUCGCUCGAUUGAUGUCUCCUAUGUGGGAGUGAAGUCUGCCUAUGUCUCCUAUGACUUGGACAAACGAAUUGUUUAUCUCAACAUUACUAGCACUCUGAAUAUCACCAAUAAUAACUACUACACCAUAUCUGUGACCAACAUCACAGCCCAAGUGCAGUUCUCCAAAACGGUGAUAGGCAAGGCCAAGCUGAACAACAGCUCAGUGAUCAUACCACUGGAUGAACGGCAGAUUGACUACACAGUUCCCACCACCAUUGCUGAUGAGAUGAGUUAUAUGUUUGACUACUGCACCUUGCCAACUAUAAAAGUUCACAACAUAGUAGUCAUGAUGCAGGUGACGGUGACAACGUCGUACUUCGGCCACGCGGAGCAGGUCUCUCAGGAGAUGUACCAGUAUGUCGACUGUGGGGGGAACACCACCUCCUUGCAUGGGCAUGUGCAGGUUUACAAAUAAGACAAGCAAAAAAAUGCACUGCUGAGACUGAGGGUCUUAACGAGAGAACUGGGCUGACCUCCACAUAGGAAAUCUUUGCUCAGUGACAAUGGAAUAAUGGACAGGGACAUAACUUUUCCUUAAAUUAGUCAAAGGCUCAUCAGUUCUUAAGUUCACAACCACUUUCUUCCUUUUACAGGUCAAACAUAAUGUUUAGAAGAGCACAUUUUUUGGUAUUUGUUGAACUUACCAACUUGCCACAGCCAGAUUUUUUGCAGAAUUUGCCUCGAGGCUUGUGGUCAUUUUUCUCCCUGGUGCCAGCAAUAUAGACAGAUGUAAUUUAAUAUUCACGUCACUGGUAGGCAUUGCCAUCUUGUUUACAUUAUCACUCCUCAACAAUAAAAUUACUGGAGUUUUAGAUAUGAAGCACUUUAACCUGAUCUGAAUCUACAGAUAUUAAUAAGAAUGUUGAAUGAGUGCAAUGGGAAUGCUGCAACAACCCAAUGAAAACCACAGAGCUGUUUCGCUACCACUUCUUGUCCCCCUCUUUUCAUUCAUUCCUACAGCAGCCCCUCUCUUUUUAUUUUGUUUAAAAAAUAUAUGAUUCUUGAUAGUGUUUGGUGCAAUAUAGAUGAUGUAUUAUUUUCAUUUGUUUUUAGUUGUUGUUUUUUGCUUAGAGUUCUUUACUUUUAGCUCGAAUAAAGGUAGUUUAAGCCUUCUCUUACGUUUAUCUAUGAUUUUCUGGUGUGAUUUAAAAGCAAAUGUGACGCUGUGAAGACUUGCAGAGUAAAAAUAAACGUGUAAAAGGGAUCAUAUUUUUUAAUUUCAUAGAAAGUGUGGGUGCAUUACAGCGGGCUAAAAAAUACAGAAAUGUGUAAAUAUAAAAUAUGUACUUUUCUUCUGGCUUGCUUCAAAACAUGGUAUAUAAAGAAAAAAAUCUGAGAGCAACUUCCUUCCCUUUAAUGAGGUUGUCCUAUUUUUGUGGGUUGUGGUGUCAUUUGCAAUGUGUUUGCUAUUUUAAUCCACUCUGCAUCUAUAAAUUAUAUGAUGAGUUAACCGCUAUUAUUUUUUAAAAUUAUUAUGGCUCGCUUCCUUUUAUCACAAGGCUUGGAUUUGGAUAAUACCGAAAGUGUAUAAUACCACCAGCAUUCACAUGUUCUGAUGAUAUUCUAUAUUUUUAAACAGAUUAUGUACAACUUUUGCCUGACAGAAGCACAUAACACAUAAAUGGUUAAAAUUUGAAUAAUGCUUCUGAUCUUACUUCAGUUGUGAUCGCACGGGCCAAAUAAAAUGAUAUGGGUUUGUUUUUUUUGACCUUGAACACCGUCAUAAGAAAACUGUAAGCCCCAGAUCCAACCCUUCUCAGUAUUUGAUGAUGAGUGUAGAUGUGAAAACCUCUGUCUUACUGCCUCUACACAGUGGUUUUAUGAUUUUUGUGCAUGAAGCUGAAAAUAAAAUCAUGAUUCAUUUAGAA